GUAGCUAGGACGACGUCACCUUCAAGCUCUCAGCUCAGCCGCCUCGCUCGAACCGGAAAGCGAAGCAGAGGAAGCGAGCCGGCGGCGGCGACGGAGAUGUCGGCGGGGCUGGUGACCGACGAGGUGACCAUGGGCCGGCUCUACCGGAUCCGGCGGACGGUGAUGCAGAUGCUGCGCGACCGCGGGUACCUGGUGGUGGAGCACGAGCUCGCCACCAGCCGCCGCGACUUCCUCCGCAAGUUCGGCGAGUCCUUCCACCGCGAGGACCUCCUCAUCAACAAGUACAAGAAGAACGACCCCUCCGACCAGAUAUAUGUUUUCUUUCCCAACGAUGACAAGGUGGGGAUGAAACACAUCAAGAAGUAUGUUGAAAUGAUGACACAUGAGAACGUCUCCAGAGCUGUGUUGGUUCUUCAGCAGAAUCUCACUCCAUUCGCCAAGUCGUUUCUCAUUGAAUUAGAGCCAAAGAUACACUUGGAAAUUUUCCAGGAGGCCGAGUUGCUUAUAAAUAUAAAGGAGCAUGUUCUUGUUCCUGAGCAUCAGGUGCUUACAAAUGAGGAGAAGAAGACACUAUUGGAACGGUACACCUUAAAGGAAACUCAGCUUCCAAGAAUACAGAUUACGGAUCCUAUUGCCAGAUACUAUGGCCUCAAACGAGGUCAGGUCGUGAAGAUCAUCAGACCCAGUGAGACGGCCGGCAGAUACGUUACAUACCGCUAUGUUGUAUGAGUAAACUCAAAACUCAAGUGAACUGAAGAAGAGAACCAUAGAUAUGGUAAAUUUUGAAGGUACACAAAUCCAUUUGCUUGGAGAAAUCAGUAUCGCUUUGUAGCAGACCCUAUCAACGACCAGUGUCUGCUGUUUAAGUGAAUUUGAAUAAGCUGAGUAUAUGGACCACGCAUGGAAUUCUCAUGCUGUACACUUGCUUGAUGAACUGUAUAAACACUACAUUUUUAGAUACUGGUAUAAACACUACAUAAAAAGAAGCUUGUUUUCGGAGCAAUAGAAGCUCCUACAUUGCUUAUGGAUAAAUCUUGGAUA